AUGGAAAUUGGUCAUCUCAAUCAACUUCAAAUUCUAGAAUUGGGAAAUAACAGUUUGAAUGGUGUUAUCCCUUUGAAUCUCUUCAACAUUUCAACAUUGGAAUAUUUGACUCUUCAACUAAAUUCUCUCUCGGGUAUUCUUCCAUCAAAUAUGGGAUUAGGCCUUCCAAACCUACAAGAACUACACAUGUAUGGAAACAGGUUUGUUGGAAAUAUUCCAAACAGUAUUUCCAAUGCUUCAAAUCUCAUUAAACUUGACUUGAGUGAAAAUGAGUUUAGUGGAAUUAUACCCACUUCUUUGGGAGAUUUAAGUUUCAUCCAAAAUCUCUACUUAGCUAGCAAUAAUUUAACAAUGGAUGAUUCUCCUGAAUUCAACUUCCUUACUUCCCUUACAAGUUGUAGAUAUUUGGAAUACCUUGAUAUAUCAGAUAAUAGUUUACUAUCAAAACUUCCCAAGUCCAUUGGAAACUUAUCUUUAGAAAACUUUGUGGCAACUUCUUGUGGAAUUAAUGGAAAUAUUCCGCUAGAAAUCGGAAACAUGAGCAACCUGAUUCGACUAUCUCUAAAUAGUAAUGAUUUAAAUGGACCAGUCCCUAUAACAAUUAAAGGGUUACAUAAACUUCAAUCUUUAGAUCUUGAUGACAAUGGACUUCAAGGAUCUUUAGCUCAUGAGCUUUGUGAAAUUAGGAGUUUGAGUGAGUUGUAUUUAAUAAGCAAUAAGUUUUUUGGUGUGUUGCCAACAUGCUUGGGAAACAUGACCUCUCUUAGAAAGUUUCACAUUGGAUCUAAUAAUUUGAACUCUAAAAUACCUUCUUCCUUUUGGAAUCUCAAAGAUAUUUUAGAGGUAGACUUAUCCUCUAAUGCUUUAAUUGGAAAUCUUCCAUUUGAGAUUAACAAUUUGAGAGCUCUAGUACUAUUAGAUCUCUCAAAAAAUCAAUUUUCAAACAACAUUCCACCAACCAUAAGUCUCUUGGAAACUUUAGAAACUCUCUCCUUAGCAUAUAACAAAUUGAAAGGUCCUAUCCCAACAUCACUUGGUGAAAUGGUAAGCUUGAACUUCUUGGACUUGUCUCAAAAUCUUAUAACAGGUGUGAUCCCAAAGUCCUUAGAGUCACUUUCAUAUCUUAACUACCUUAAUCUAUCAUACAAUAGAUUGGAAGGAGAGAUUCCAAAUGGAGGACCUUUUAAAAGCUUCACAGCUCAAUCUUUCAUUCAUAACAAAGCACUUUGUGGUAAUCCUCUCUUACAAGUACCUCCAUGUGAUAAACAUGUUAGGAAAAUGUCAAUGAGAAAGAAGUUGUUAAUCAUAUGCAAUUCAUCCAUAAUUGCUGUGCUAGGCAUUUUGGUUGUUGUGUGCAUGAUACUUCGAAUGCAUAAAAGGAACAAGAUUGGAAAUCCAAUUGAAAAAGAUUUAUCAACUUUAGGGGCUCCAAGUAGGAUUUCCUAUUAUGAACUUGUGCAAGCAACUAAUGGAUUUAGUGAGAGUAAUUUACUUGGAAAGGGUGGUUUUGGAUCUGUGUAUCAAGGAAUGCUUUCUAGUGGAAAGAUGGUAGCAGUUAAAGUGCUUGAUUUAACAUUGGAAGCAACAUUAAGAAGUUUUGAUGCAGAAUGCAAUGCAAUGCGCAAUCUUCGACAUCGAAAUCUUGUUGAGGUUAUUACUAGUUGUUCCAAUGAUGAUUUCAAAUCUUUAGUGAUGGAGUUUAUGCCAAAUGGAAGUGUGGAAGAAUGGUUAUAUUCAAAUAACUAUUGUUUAAGUUUCUUGCAAAGGUUGAAUAUAAUGAUAGAUGUUGCAUCUGCACUCGAGUAUCUCCAUUAUGGUUCUUCAAUACCAGUGGUUCAUUGUGAUUUGAAGCCUAGUAAUGUGUUACUGGAUGAAAAUAUGGUUGCACAUGUGAGUGAUUUUGGCAUUUCCAAGCUCUUGGAUGAAGGACAUUCUAAAACUCAUACUGAGACUUUAGCUACUCUUGGUUAUGUUGCACCAGAGUAUGGUUCUAAGGGAGUCAUUUCUGUUAAGGGGGAUGUGUAUAGCUAUGGAAUAAUGCUAAUGGAAAUCUUCACAGCAAAGAAGCCAACAAAUGAAAUGUUUGCAGAAGAAUUAACUUUGAAAACUUGGAUUAGUGAGUCAAUGGACAGACCAAUUAUGGAAAUUGUGGAUUUCAAUUUAGUCUCACAACAUGAGAAAGAAAUUCAUGAAAUUUUAGCCUUAGCACUGAGAUGUUGUGAAGAUUCACCUGAAGCACGGAUUAAUAUGACACAUGUAACUACUUCAUUGAUCAAAAUAAAAAAUGUUUGUGUGUGA